AUGACCAGUCAUUCAGAGUACACAAAGACCGAGCAGGUAGUCGGAAGACCCAGAACGACGUCGCACAAUAGGAUGGACGAUUACGUGAAGAACCCUCCCGACGCCAUCCGGGAUUCUGAAGCUUACGAAGACAGAUUGAACAAUGAUAAGCAUGAAAGACAAUAUCGUGCUGAGACCAAGAAACAUACCGGUGGUCGUCUGGGGGCUUUGGGUGAUGCAGAAGAGGGCGGUAUCCCCCAGGUCCAGGAUCGGCAAGACAGAGAGGUUAGUGGAAUGGUAGAUCGCGCAGGCGUAGUUAUUCACAACGAAAAGGAGCUGGCGUUGAGACGGGAUUUUGAAUAA